UGGCUAUACUGAAUUUACUCGGGGGAGAGAGAGCAGAAGAGAAACAAGCAGAAAGCGCAUCCGAGGGCCUGUUGACAGACAACAAUUCAAGAAUUCAUCAAAUUGCCAAUUAACAUCGAGAAGAAAGUUCCCAAAGUAGCUUGGAAUAUAUGGUCCUAACAAACUACAAUGACUUUAGUCCUGGAAAGUCUUCAAUCUUUCAUCUUGGCACGUCCGCCAAUUGUGACAUUCUUUAUUAGUUUGGUAGCCAUAACACUUACAAUAUUUCUUGUUGCCUUCUACAUAAAGGAUAAGGAUCUAGUUCUGGAUCCACAUGCUCGAGAGGACUGGAACAGCCUCCUGAAAUAUCUUAAUAGCCAAGAACUAUGCAUAAGUAUACAUAAUUCCUCAACAGUUACAACUGGGAUGAAACGUGAAGCAGCGAUGCUCACAGACUCUUUGAAUGGUAUAUGCUUCCCUGUUCAAAUAAACAACCUUCAUGCCAAUCAAUCUGUUUUGUUUAGGCUUGCAAAUUCUAUCCAGCUGGUAGGCCACAUCAGCCUGAAAGAAUGGGAAAGAUCCUGCUCCAACCAUGUAAGCCAACUGGAAAGGAAUGCCAGUGUGGCAAUUACUCUAAUAGUACCAGCUGGUCUUAAAACGCAGAAUGCCAGCUCUUGGGUUUUUUUGAGUGGGCUGCCUCACCCUCAACUGCCCAGUUCAAAUCUUUGCCAAAAUGUUGAAGUGCCUAGCCAAGUAGCUGGAAAAAUAUCUUUAAAUAACUUUUCGAAUUUCCAAUCUUAUAGUGAGGUAAAUAAUAGCGUCUGCAGAACUGAUGAGUUAAUCCGACUUUUAUACAUUUCAAGUUCAAUGCCAGAAGUAUAUUUAACCAUGGAUGAUAAACUUCAAAUUUACUCCCACUUACUUCAAAUUGGCUGUGUUUUCCUUGGCAUUCUUUUCUUGCUCCUCAUUUCUGGUGUGGUUCAAGGAAGGACUUUAGUCCUCACUAGACAGCACACACUUCUCCCCACCAAGGAAAUAUUGUGACCUGCCUUUAAAUGGACUGCUUCAAUUACUUAAUGCUCACCGAACUAAAAGUGACUAGAUUUGUGUUAAAAGUUAAUGCUGCCCCUCAAAAAGGGCAAGACUUAAUAUUUAUUUUCAUUAAAAAAAUAUUUUAAUUAA